UGACGUCUCGUUACCCUUGACGUAAAUUCAGUGAGCAUAUAAAUUCGCCAACGUUCCGUCAUUGAGUCAGUGGUGUUUGGAAAUUACUCGGAGUAGGUGAUUCAACAUCGUUGAAAAUAAUGCGUAGAAAAAUGUGUAACUUUGAUGUAAAGUUUUUGGUGAUUUUUAUAAUACUUGUACAACAGGUCUUCACGCAGACGACUACAAUUUAUUUUGAUAUUUCAACUACAACUGCUGCAUCUCCUCAGCCAGGAUGCAGAUGUGUGCCUGCUGGAACUUGUGUUGUAUCUCCAGGGAUCGACAUAAGAAUAGUCAAUUCGGGAGCGCAAAAUUGCGCUGCGGGACAAGUGUGGUGCUGCGGAAAUUCAGGUGGUUUUACGAGUUCCUGUGGUAGACGGAAAGUCACUAAUGCCUCGCCUCAACCUACUGGAACCGCGAGAUACGGUGCUUAUCCUUGGCAAGUGGCUCUUUUGACACUUGACAAUAUGUACAUUGGCUCUGGAGUACUUAUCAAUGCCAAUUUUGUGCUUACGGUGGCUCAUAAGGUUCAACCAUAUGCACCUGCGAACUUCAAACUACGUCUAGGAGAUUGGGACGGUAAAGCUACAGUAGAGCCAAACCCAUACGUGGAAUUCCGUCCUCUAUCAAUAGGAAUUCACCCAAAUUUCAAAGCUGACACUCUCCAGAACGAUGUAGCAGUGAUUCGGCUGAACGGAAUGGCGCCUAUCGCCACAGCUCCCAACAUCAACACCGCGUGCUUACCCACAGCAAUGAUAGCAACUGGAACAAGGUGCUGGGUCAGCGGAUGGGGAAAAAACUCGUUUGGAAGUGAUGGACGCUAUCAGGCACUUCUGAAGGAAGUUGAUGUUCCUAUUGUAGAUCAAGGCAGCUGCGAAACUCGCCUCAGGACUACGAGACUAGGAUCCUAUUUUGUUUUGGACACGACCAGUUUCAUUUGCGCAGGGGGUGAAGCGGGAAAAGACGCUUGCACUGGAGACGGUGGGGCCCCCCUGGUCUGUCAAACCGCCACUCAACAGUUCCAAGUAAUUGGCCUCGUUGCAUGGGGCAUAGGUUGCGCAUCAUCCGGAAUUCCCGGUGUUUACGUCAACGUCAACAACUAUGUCGCAUGGAUAAAUCAACAAAUGGCAUCUAUGGGCUAAACAAAAUCACCUAAAACUCGUAUUUAAACUAACAAGGAUACUCACUAGUCAGUGAAAAAUGACAAGCAAACUAAUCAUUGACGACGAAUUAUUUUUAUAUGUAACAAAUCUACUGAACAACCACCCGAAAAUUAGAAACACCAAUUAAGGACUGACGAAUAAAAUUUAUAUUUUCUCCAAGUUA